UAACAUUGAUCGCUAAUUUCCAACGUGAAGAAACAACAACACUAAAAGUAUGCAUUAAAAUGAAAAUCAAAACUAGGGCCUAUAAAUUGUGGGCAGGAACUUAUAUCUUUCCACAGUUAGUCAGUCCAUAAAAGUGCUAUAUAUACACCCCCACAAAUCCCAUUUCUUCAUUCAUCUAAUACAUAGUUAGAAUGGCAAUCUCCAAAGACAACCUCAACACCCCAAAAUCUCACUAUGCAUCACAAAUCUUUCUCAGAAUAUUGGCCAUUGCAACUACCCUCUCUGCUGCAUGCCUUAUGAUCACCAACAAGCAAGCCACGCUUAUCUUUGGAAUCCAAGUCGUUGCCCGUUACUCCUAUUCCCCCGCUUUCAAGUUUUACGCAUUCGCAAAUAUUGCUGCGUUUGCACUGUCAGUUUUGUCACUGAUUGCCGUGUUUUUGAUGGAGAGAAAGCCACUCAACUCAACCUUCUACUUCUGCUUGUUCCUCCAUGACUUGUUUUUUCAACAGACUGUUACUGUUUUGUUAAUGGCUGGAUUAGGCGCCGCGAUGGCGAUUGCAUACGUGGGCAAAUUUGGCAACUCCCACAGCGGUUGGAUGCAGAUUUGUGAUCAUUUUGGCAAGUUUUGCAACAGAGUAAUUGCUUCUUCAGUUGUUGGAUUCUUGGGACUUUUUGUUUAUUUAAUCCUCACUAUCGUCUCCGCUAACCAAUCAAGGAAAAUCCCACCUUCAAUUUAAAGCUAGAUUUCUCUAUGUAAUAAUGUGUGAGAAUGAAUGUUGGUAUAUUAAUUAUAUUCAUGUUUGGGUUUGGCCGAAUCCGAUAGCUUGUCUA